AUGGGAAAUAGCACAAGUAGCGCACUAUCAAAGGAGAUCCUGGAGGACUUGAAGCUCACCACCAAAUUCACUGAAAAUGAAAUCUGCCAGUGGUACGAAAACUUCCAGAAGCAAUGUCCGUCAGGCCGCAUUACGCCGGAAGAGUUUGAACAAAUCUACUCACGUUUUUUCCCUGAGAGCGACGCCAAAAGCUAUGCCCGGCACGUUUUCCGUUCUUUCGACACCAACGAUGAUGGAACCUUGGAUUUCAAAGAGUACAUCAUCGCUUUGCACAUGACCUCCACCGGGAAGACCACGCGCAAACUGGAGUGGGCCUUCUCUCUGUUCGAUGUAGACAAAAAUGGAUACAUCAACAAGACUGAAGUCACGGAAAUCUGCCAGGCCAUCUUUAAGCUUAUCCCGAAGGAAGAGCAGAGUAAGCUACCCGAGGAUGAGAACACACCAGAAAAGAGGGCUAACAAGCUCUGGGCUUUCUUUGAAAAGAAGGACAAUGAGCGUCUGGCUGAAGGAGAGUUCAUCAAAGGAGUAAUUGAAAAUGAAAAUGCGAUGCGUCUCAUCCACUACGAACCAGUCAAAGAAUAG